UUUCCAACCUUACCAGCAUCCAUGAAUCGCGUGGCGGAGUUUGUCUUGGCUUCAGUCCUGCAUCAUGUUGAUUUUCUCAAAGCGAAUCUUGAACCACAGCAUAUUCUAUGGCAAUCUACCUUGUUUCGUGAACAAGAAUGUCUUGUCGCAUUGAAGUCCAAGGUUGUGUGCUGUAUGCCCAAGGAAGCGAGAGGCAGAAUGGAAUCUACAGGAAUCCCUCCUCAUGUACAACAAUACAUACAGAGUGACGAGCUUUUGUCAUCUCUUUCCAAGAUACAGCAGGACAUGGUUGAAAUGAACCAAUACAUGAACAGAUUUAGGCAACAGCAAAGCGACAUUAUGCUGACCGAGGAGUUUGGAACCGCUAUGGUGGUAUGGAACAUGUGGUUUUGUGGGAACGCGAGCAAACGGAUCCCACCGCUCCGGCUUGUAUCUGCGAGUUCGUUGAAUGGCAAAAACAACAAAAAAAGAUUCUCAGACAUCAAAUUCCUUGUUGAGAGCUUUGAAAAGCACGCGAGG